AUUUGGUUAUUAAGAAAUUAAAGUUGUAUAUCUGGUUUCUUGUAACGUUGUGACGAGUUUAUGUAUAUAAACGAAAGGACGAUACUUUCUUUUGUGCAUCAACCAAAACAAUUGACAUACACACACUUCCAAGGAAGAAUAAUCAAAAGCUUCAUCAUGGCGAUGUCAGGAACAUACGUGACAGAAGUUCCUCUUAAAGGGUCGGCGAAGAAUCACUACAGGAGGUGGAGGAGCGAAAACCACCUCUUCCCGGACGCCGUCGGCCAUCACAUCCAAGGUGUCAAGGUCCACGAAGGAGACUGGGACUCCCACGGUGCCAUCAAGUCCUGGAACUAUACAUGCGAUGGGAAGCAAGAGGUUUUCAAGGAGAAGAGAGAGUUUGACGACGACAAGAUGGCAGUGACGUUUAGAGGGCUUGAGGGUCACGUGAUGGAGCAGCUUAAGGUGUAUGACGUCAUCUUCCAGUUCAUCCCCAAGGCUAAGCAAGGCUGCAUCUGCAAAAUCACUAUGAUGUGGGAAAAGCGCUACGAAGACUCUCCAGAGCCCAUCAACUACAUGCAGGGGCGGAGCUACAUUAGCUCCGCCACUGACUACAUGAAGUUCGUCACCAACAUGGCUGCUGACAUGGACGACCACAUUCUCAAGGACCAGACGAAGGUUUAAAUGUGUGUCUUUCUUGUGUUUGGCUUGCACAUAAUCAUCCGCCUAGCUCCUUUUCUCUUGUACUUAUAAUAAUGGCCGGCGGUCUUGUAUGCUUGUGUAUUAUCUGUCUUACUCUCACGUGGUAAACCUUAAAUCCUAUCAGAUCCCUUUUCUUA